AUGGCCUCACAAUCAAAGAUUCUCCCGCAAUUGACUGCCUCCAAGCUCUUCCUCACCGAAGCCGGAAUCGAAACCACACUCGUCUACAAAAACAAUAUCAACCUCCCGUGCUUCUCCGCUCUCCCUCUUCUCGGUACAGAAGAUGGCAUAAAAACCAUCCUCUCUAUCUACCAAGACUAUGUAAAUAUCGCCCUGGCUCAUUCAACCGGCAUCAUCCUCGAAACCCGAACAUGGCGCGGCUCUCCCGCAUGGGCUCCCCAGCUUAAUCUCUCCGUCCCAGAGAUCCUCAACCUGAACCGCGUCGCAGUCACGAUCCUCCAGAACCUCAGGAAAACCACCCACACUCCAUCUACUCCUAUCGUCAUCAGCGGGACCCUUGGAACCCUCCAAGACGCCUACGUGGAUUCCACAGAGACAGUUUCUUUCUCCCAGGCACAGGAGAAUUACCGCGCCCAAGUUCAGAUCCUCGCCGAAGGCGUAGACAUGAUUUCUAUCAUGACUGUAACGAAUCUCAACGAGGCUACCGCGGCAGUGAGCGUGGCGCGUGAAUUUAAUCUCCCUAUUCAUGUCUCGUUUAGUAUUGAGACGGAUGGACGGCUACGUGGGGGAGGGCACUUGAUGAUGUGA